AGGUAAAUAACAUACACUGUGCUUUUACAGAGGGAAUAUUGCCUUAAGGUGAAUACAGUUACUGAAACAAUGUUCAGUGCAAUUGCUGCAAAUUAUACAGAUGAGACAAAAGGGAAAUACUUGAAUAAAGACAAACCUCUUUCCAUUAGGUAUCAACUGGAUCAAUUACAUCACCAAAAGCAGCAAAAGCAAAAAUUGGAAAACGAAAAACGAACAUGGAUAGGGCAAAAGGGAGUAGCCUGCACUGCGAAUUUGAAGAACAAAAUGGAAGAUAGCACACAUGAUGUCUACAGUUUUGAUGGCAGCUCAACAACUGAACCCACUAUAUCACUGGGGGUGAAGUAUAAGACGAUUCUUCAGCAAACCUGGUCAAAUAAAAGAAAACCUGAGAAAAAGAAUAUGAAACGUGGACAAAAAAAUAAAGAGGAAAUGCACAAGUCUAUGGGUAAUGUAAAUAAAAAACACUUCUUCACUGACACCGACACAGAUGGGAAAACGGAAGUCAGUUGGAUAAAAGAAUCUAAUAAAAAGACCAAGCCCAAACUAGUGGCCUACAGCAGACAAAGGAAGCAAAGCAUGGCUGAUAACUUGAGCAAAGUUAUCACAUCGGUCGGGGGCCACUGUGGGAAGAAGUCAAAAGAUAAAAAGAAGCCCAUUGAAAAUAUCAAUUCAAUCGAAGUGCCAGUUGAAAAGAGGCAGAGAAAUUGUCCACGAAGGACAGCUGCAGCACAGCCACGUUACAAAGAAGUUUCGGAGUCUGAAUCUGAUACCUGUGAAGAAUCCUUAAGUUCACCUCAUCAGAGAGACUGGGAUGUAAUCAUGCCAGUGCCCACAAAGAAGAUUUGUAGGAACUCAAAGAAGAAAGCAAACAUGUCAGCUGAUUAUGAGCAAGAAAAUCAAAUAUUAGAAGUUUCAACAGUACAAUCAUAUGAAAAUACAUCAGUUGAGAAGAUCAGAUAUGAAAGAAUGUGCAAAUCGGCAGCUUUAACUAGAUUUUCAUCUCCACUGGAAUCUGAGGGAUCCAUUCGGUCUGAGAAUUCAUCAGAAUCAUUACAAUCUCCCAAUCUUUCAACGAUCGUCACAAAAUCCUGUAAAUCUACCAGAAGCAUUCUGAAAACAGCAACUCCGCUAUCAUCACCAGUCUAUUCAGCAGCAAAGGCAACGUUCACCUCUGAUUUCUCACCUGUUGUGAGCCCAAUCUCUCUGGUGACUCCAUUGUGUCUGGAAAUUAAUGAAAAGGAUGUUGUUCAUCAAGAAUCUGUCAAACUGAAGAAUGCAGAUGAAGAAAUCAUUGCAAAUAAGAGUAUCUCUUCUGAAAACUCAAUUGUCACUACUAGGUCAUCAAAUAACUUCACGCUAAGUUCUAUAUCUGGCAAGAAGACGACUGCUGAGGAAACUCAUUCAAGAUCAGUUAUACUUGAAAAGAGUAGAAGAGUAGAGAAGGAUAGAGUUCCUUCAUCUGAAGUAUACUCGUCAGGUCCAACUCAUUCCUCUGUACUCAAAAGCAUCUAUGGGAAGAAUCUUCAAAGCAAUUUUGAUGAUGAUGAGGAAGAAGAGGGAACAACAGAGCAAAGAACAAGACUAAAACCCAGAAAACUGUUCACUUGUGAUUUUGGAAACCAGAACUGUAACAGAGCAGAUUCAGAGCUUCUGUCUACUGUUAAUAGAGGUUCUUCAAUCAAACAAAUGGACUACUGGGGACAGAGUGAGCCAAAUAUGGGAGAAAUUUGUCAGCAGUUUAGUAAAGAACUCAAAGUUAAAUUCCAGAAACACUCUCAAAGGAUUGACAGUUACACCAAGUUUUCUCUCAAAUCUGCUCAGCAAAGGAUGUCAUCAACGAACAUUCAAAUCAACUGCUACAGGUUAAAGAGGCUGGACAAGUUUCAAGCGAUUGUCAUGCAGGAACUGCAGCAUUUUGAAAAGGACUCUCAGUCUCUAAAGUGUAUGGAAAAAGAACUAUCAAAUUUAUGGAAGCAACAUUCAAAAACAUUCAGUGAACUGAAAGAAAACGAAGAGGAUAGAAUUCAACACCUGAGAUCAUCCUUUGAAAAUAAUGUGUGUCACAGUGUGGAAUUUGAAGAGAGGAUAUUUAACACUGAGAUGCAUUUGAUGAGGAAAGACAUGAAAAUAGUCCAAGACAGGCUUCUAAAGGAAAUGGCAAGUAUAGUUUUAUCUGUAUAUCCUGUGUUCCUGCAGACGUUUGAAUAAUACCACUGGUGCUAUUUCACUUAUUUAAUUCUAACACUGCUCGUUGAUCAAAUUAUGUGACAAAUGAGCAGGAAUAAACAUUUUGUCAUUGUGCCCACAUGUUAACAAAUGAAUGUUUAUUUAUCGUGGAAAAGACCCAGGUUCCAAGAUAAUUAUUGCCUCCUAGGUUUGUGAGUUGAGAAAAUAUUUGACAUUACUGAAGUAUUUGAUUGUUUGGUAAGUGUAACAACAGCGGUCAGAUGGAGGGAGAGAGGGAGAGAGAGAUAAAGACCUCAGAACAAGAUUGCACAUAGGCCGCAUCUUCCCAAUUAACAACAACUUUCUGGCCUGACUCCGAGGCGCUGACGAGGCAACUGAGGCUGGAUUUAUAAACUUAGGAGAUUCUUAUUUUCUCAGCAGCAUAUUUUGAUAACUAGCAGAUGAUGGUGUUGUCAUUGUGAUCAGAUAGCCAAAGGGUUCAAAAUAAACAAAAGGAAACAAAUACCAUGUGCACGGUUGUGGGGGACACCAGUUGAUAAGAGUCAUAGUGGUAUUCAGCAUAGUGAGUCACUUAAGCUCAACUCGUGCAGAUCG